AUGGACAAGAGUUGGAUGUCAUUAGGUAAGACUGCAGAUGGGAGAAUGAGUCAGCCGUAUCGUGACGGUGUAAUGUCAUUUCUUCAUUUUGCUGUGAAAGUUGUGGACCAAGAAGGCUAUAUUAUGUGCCCAUGCAUGAAGUGUGUAAACUAUUGUCGGCAGUUACCUAGACAUGUGCAAAUACACUUGCUCCAAUAUGGGAUUAUGCAAAGCUACACUAUUUGGCAUAAGCACGGGGAACCUCGUAUGUUAGAUGAGGCUCAACAUCAUUACGAAAUGAAUAGCAAUGAGUAUAGAGAAUUGGGUGGUAUUGAUGCACUGGUAGAAGACCAAAUAAGAGGGGACUCAACCAAUACAAACCCGAACGAGGAAGUGCAAAGCUUUGAAAAACUAUUAAAUGAUUCCAGGAAGGAGGUGUACCCAAGUUGCUCAAGUUUUACUUUGUUGAGUUUUGUUAUUGAGUUGUUUAAUUUGAAGGUAACAAACCACAUGAGCAAUAAAGCAGUUGACUUAUGGUUGCAUUUUUUGAGAAGACUUUUACCAGAGGGGAACUUAGUUCCCAAGUCCACCCGUGAAGCUAAAAAGAUACUACGUGACUUAGGUUUGUCAUACGAGCUCAUUGAUGCAUGUAUAAAUGAUUGUGUGCUUUUUUGGAAAGAGAAUGCAAACUUGGAUAAAUGUCCAAAGUGUACGGUAUCUAGGUAUAAAAUUAAUGGUAGAAGGGGAAAAAAAAUCCCUCGUAAGAUUUUGCGUUACCUCCCCGUGACUCCAAGGUUGAAAAAACUAUACAUGAAUAAGAAAUUAGCUAAGGACAUGAGGUGGCAUAAGGACAAGCGUGUGGAUGAUGAGGAAUGGAUGCAUCCAGCUGAUGGUGAUGAGUGGAAGGAGUUUGACAUACAACAUCCUGAGUUCGCAUUGGAGCCUCGCAACGUGAGGUUAGGGAUAGCCAUUGAUGGGUUCAAUCCAUUUGGGAACAUGGAUAAUUCCUAUAGCAUAUGGCCGGUCAUUCUCAUUCCCUACAACUUACCACCUUGGUUGAUUAUGAAAGAGCCAUUUCUCAUGUUAUCAUUAUUAAUUCCUGGAGAUAAGCAACCAGGGAUUGACAUCGAUGUAUAUAUGCAACCUUUGAAAGACGAGUUAGAGGAGUUAUGGAAUAAUGGGGCAUUAACGUAUGAUGCCUCAAGUGGUGAGAGUUUCCAGAUGCAUGCAACUAUGUGGUGGACAGUACAUGAUUGGCCUGCAUUUGGUGACAUAUCUGGGUGGAGAACAAAGGGGCACUAUGCUUGUUACCCUUGCAAUGAUGAACCCUUCUAUGAAUCUUUGAGAAGUAAGACUGCGUACCUUAACCAUCGAGCCUAUUUGCCUGACAACCACCCUGAACGGCGAAAGAAGGUGGCCUACGAUGGUAAGUGUGAAGAACGAAAGAGAUCUUUGGAGUUGCCAGUGCAUAAGAUAGAAGAGCAAUUGAAAAAUGUACCAAAGAUCUCAUUCGGAAAAGAUCCGAACAACAGAAAAAGGCCUCGUUAUGAACCAAAUUGGACAAAGGUUAGCAUCUUGUAUGAUAUGCCAUGCUGUAAGAAUCGAAAGCUUUUACAUAACAUUGAUGUCAUGCAUGUGGAGAAAAAUUUUGGUGAGGCACUUUGUGGAACUAUGUUGCGCAUUGAAGGGAAGAAUAAGGAUACAGACAAGGCUCGAAACGACUUGGAAGAUAGGGGCAUACGAAAAGAGUUGUGGUUGACACAAUGUCCCGAUGGUUCAUAUAUCAAGCCUCGCGCUAGUUUUUCAUUAACACCUCAACAAAAAGAGGAGUUCUUUGAAUUCUUGAAAUCAGUCAAGUAUCCGGAUGGCUAUGCUGCAAAUAUAUCAAGGUCAGUAAAUGUGAGAAAUGGCAGAUUAACAGGUUUGAAAAGUCACGACUACCAUGUUCUCAUACAAUGA